AUGAAUUUCACGUUUUCAAAUUUGAUACUUUUGGCCACGAUUAACUGGGUCGUUCUUAUGGCAGUAUCUGUGGUCAUCUGCAAAUUUCCGAGACGUCUGCCAGCAAAACCGUACUUUUUGCGUAAUUCGCCAGUGCGGUCUCUGGGAGGAUGGUCUCCUAGAAUACCUCCGAAGACAAAGUAUUCAAAUUUCUCGCUAUCUUCGGGUACAAGAUCAGUGUCAGCGCGAGGAUCAAGAAGACACACUCUUGAAACAUCCUCGAUCACGUUUAUCACUUCCUCUGUGGUCCAUUGGAGUCCAGCUUCACGUAGCUUCAAAGGAAUGUCCUGCUCGGUAGUUCCAACGGGCAACGAGGUCAGAAUCAGAUUCUCCUUUCCAAUCUCAGACAACACGCACAAAUAUUCCAGGAUCACCCAUUCGGUGAAGCCCUGUUCCAUGUGCUCGAUGAUGUAUUUCAUUGUUAGCAGAGUGGACUGUGGUAAGCGUAGAAACAGUUAG